CCCCAUCCCCCGUCCUGGCCCCUCCUCCCUCCAAGUACUGGGGUGAACCAGCCACAAAUCCUCUAAUCCACCAGCACCUCCAGGUCAGUCUCCAGCUGCAGAAGACCACGUCGCUCGCCACCCACCCAGCCAGCCCAGCCAGCCAGCGCUGCCCGGCCGGGCCCAGGCGGCCUCACCCAUGGGGAACAGCAAGAGCGGAGCCCUCUCCAAGGAGAUCCUGGAGGAGCUGCAGCUGAACACCAAGUUCACAGAGGAGGAGCUGUGCAGCUGGUACCAGUCCUUCCUGAAGGAGUGCCCCAGUGGCCGCAUCACCAAGCAGGAGUUUCAGAGCAUCUACUCCAAGUUCUUCCCUGAGGCCGACCCCAAGGCCUAUGCCCAGCAUGUGUUCCGCAGCUUUGACGCCAACAGCGACGGCACCCUGGACUUCAAAGAGUAUGUCAUCGCCUUGCACAUGACCUCGGCCGGCAAGACCAACCAGAAGCUUGAGUGGGCCUUCUCGCUCUACGACGUGGACGGCAACGGGGCCAUCAGCAAGAGCGAAGUGCUGGAGAUCGUCAUGGCUAUUUUCAAAAUGAUCAGUCCCGAGGAUGUGAAGCAACUUCCAGAGGAUGAGAACACCCCAGAGAAACGAGCAGAGAAGAUCUGGGGGUUCUUUGGAAAGAAAGAUGAUGAUAAACUUACAGAGGAGGAGUUCAUCGAGGGGACCCUGGCCAAUAAGGAAAUUCUGAGACUGAUCCAAUUUGAGCCUCGAAAAGUGAAGGAAAAAUUAAAAGAAAAGAAACCGUGA